GGAGUGUGUCGGUCCUCCUGUGGAAUGCCCCCUCCCUGGAUGUGUAGUCCGGAGUCACCUUCAUAUCCUGAUGUGUGAGAAGUGUACACAGAUCUGAUCCAACAAGGUGUCCUGCAUUUACCCCAUAUUUCACUCCAUAAGACACACUUGGGGGGGAAUGUCUGUGCGUCUUACGAGCGGCUGGCCCAGUAUUCCCACCGCCGUUGUAGGUCUGCAGUCUCUGGUCAUCUCAUGUACUGUGUCCGCAGUCUCUGGUCAUCUCCUGUACUGUGUCCGCAGUCUCUGGUCAUCUCCUGUACUAUGUCCGCAGUCUCUGGUCAUCUCCUGUACUAUGUCCCCUCAGUCCUGG